UCUUCGAACAGUUAUAGUAUAAGUGCGGUCUUUGAAUCAGUCGAGACUUGAACCGGCUGCAAAGUGUGUUUCUGCCAGAAUCAAUGGAGGACGACUAUUCUAGUUCCUUUCUAGUGUAUAUGUGUGUUAUCACCUUGCUAGGCACUGUCGCUUUCCUGAGGCUGUUCAUGCCUGAAGUACAACUGACUCAUCGCCUGAUAAUUUAUGCGAUUCUUCUUCUCCUCCUGGAGAGGAUCUGUUGCAUGUAUCUGGCCGGCUUGUCAGGGGUCCUGAUUUUCACUGCUGUGUGCUUUCUUGCCUUUCAGUCACUUUCCUCGCCUAAGUUAUCUGUGCAGGGAAAGGCUGUGCUCAUUACAGGAUGUGAUUCAGGCUUUGGAAAGACAAUGGCUCAGCACUUUGACUCCCUGGGCUUUGAAGUGUUUGCUACAGUGCUGAAUAAAAAUGGACCAGGAGCAAAGGAGCUGUCACAGAUGUGCUCAGAGCAACUUACCUUAAUUCAGAUGGAUCUCACUAAACCUGAGGAUAUCGAACAAGCUUUGCAAAUCACGAAGGAGAAGCUUGGGGAGAAAGGUUUGUGGGGUUUGGUGAACAAUGCUGGAAUGUGCUUCAACAUCAAUGAUGCUGAACUCUCGGCCAUGUCCAACUACAGAUGCUGCAUGGAGGUCAACUUCUUUGGUACAAUAGCCAUUACCAAGGGCUUCCUUCCGCUGAUACGUAGAGCAAAAGGCAGAAUUGUCAACGUUUCCAGUCCAGUGGGGGAGAUUCCAUUACCCUUCUUAGCGCCUUAUGGAGCUUCAAAAGCUGCACUCACCCUAUUCACAAACAUUUUACGCCUGGAGUUGAGACACUGGGGAGUGAAAGUUUGCACCAUACUUCCAGCAUUUUAUAAAACUGCUCCAUCGUGUAAUUUUGAGUAUUGGGAACAGCAAGUCCACCAUCUUAUAAAGAGUAUUUCUUCAGAACUGCUCCAGGACUAUGGAGAAGAGUAUAUGUUAGAGACAAAAGAUCUGUUCCUGAAAUACAUUGCAACUGCCAGGGAGGACUUUAGCCCUGUCAUUGAAAGUAUCACUGAUGCUAUCCUCUCAAGAAAUCCGAAACCAAGAUAUUACGCAGGCAAAGCAGUUAUUGUUUUGUAUAUUUUUCUCUGUAUUUUACCAACAUCACUGAGUGAUUUAAUUUUCAACAGGUUUUUCUUAAUUAAGAAAGUCUUACCAAAGGCUUUGAAAAAGUAGUACAGUGGUGGUGGCAAGUUUUGGAGGGGAGAAAACAUAUUAUGAAAAAUUUCUCCAAAACUAUCCAUUUUUCUGAUCAAACUCAAUGUGUCAGUUGUUCACUUAAUAACAAUGUACUUGCAUGAACAUAAUUGACUCUGCUGGGAAAACUGAAAUGAGAAAGGAAAGAUGGGAGGUAAAUUUCACUGCACAGUCUGAGUGGUAAAUUUACGAAAGUGCAUUGGACAUCUGUAAUAGAAGACCCAUUUCUUUAUUAAUUUUCACCCCAUUGAUUCCAAUCACUAAAGGUAUAUAGUACUCCCAAGGAUUUAACUCUAGGGCAUUUUGUAUAUCAAAUAACGUAUGUAGAAAUAUAGCUAAUUUUUUAUUGUUUGUAAUGAUUAUGCCAAAAUGUUCAACAGUAUCCUAAGUUCUUUCUGUUUUUGAACAUGGUUGUCUGUUUUAAUAUAACUUAUAAUUAUGGGUUAAAUGUUCUGAAAUUCCAUAAGUUGCUUUUUUUAUAAGAUGUUAAAUUCUGGCACAUAAAGGGAACAUUUUAUUUGCAGGACAGAGAUUGUAGAAUUAUAGUUCUAACAAUGAAAUCUGGUAUAUUUUAUAAAUAAUUGUUCUUUGAACAAUUUUGAAGAUGCAGUCUAACUUGGGAAAAUCUGGACUGUUUUAGAUAUGUUUUGUCUUAAUCUUCAUCAACCUUUUGAAGAGCUUGUGCUUGCAGAUGCAACAGACCUAUGAACAAGAAAAGGACUUCUGAACUUAUCAAUGCACAGACCUAUUUUUACCAAAUAGUGUCCUAACUCAUUUUACAAAUGCUAUAUUCUCUCCAAUAUAAUGAUGUAUUAGAUCAUGUUCAAAGAUAGAGAUCGAUAAUUUAGUUCAAGACUGGGAAUUUCUUCCAGGUAGGAGGAAUCUUCCGCAUCUUUUUCAGAAGAUUUUGAUAAGGGAAUAUUCCUCUUCAAAGUGAUCCUUAUUCUACACACUAUCCAUUUUCUUCAAAAAAGGAACUAUUUGCAUCCUUCAGUUGUUUAAGCAUCUUAGAAAAAACAACACAUUUUGUUUAAGGCACAUUAAAAAUUCAACAUAUAUUGUCCAAACAAAGCCUUGAUCUAUGUUAUGUUGCUACUUGAUAUCUCUUAUUAACAAACCUCCAUCAGUUGAAGCUAGUCAAAGUCAAAACUUUCUGCUAGCUUGAAGGAACUGUAAACUACUGGUAUAAAAUUCAACCAUGGAAUGUCCAAAACAAAACAAUGGCAAUAAGCAGCAAUAAAUGUGGUCUUUUUUAUAUACUGCAUAUACAUUUGAUCCUGUGUGUAUGUUAUUAAACUGUCAUUUAUGCUUUGAGCAUCAACGUCAUGAAUUCAUCUUUGAAGCACGAUUCAAGUCCAUAUGUCACUGUAGCAAUCAACACUGCAAGUAUUUAUACUAGUCAAAUAAUUUGUGAUGCAUAGCCUGCAUUUUUAUGAUUUCCUGUAAGUUAAUAUUUCAUUACAUCUAUUGUAACUGCUGGAGCAAAACUUGCAGAAUUACGGAAAGCUUUCAUUUUUAUUCUUUUAAGAAUGUAACUUGUGCAAAGUAUGUGCUUCGAUAAAUUCUGGAAAAAGGCAGAAUGACCUAACCUACAUCAUUUAUCAUUACUUUCAUGCCUGUAAGUUUUAACUUAGAAAUAGAAAUGUAGCCCAAGUUAAAAAUUAGCUUUAAUAUUUGGAAAUAUAAUGUUUGAUGAUUAGUAGAUUUAAGUUAGAAUCACAAAUGCCAGGGGUCUUGAAAAAUAUGAAAGUGCAGAAUGUAAAGAUGUGAUAUAACUUGAACCAUGUUGAGAAUGGUUUCUAUUAUAUUGUGACAGACAAAACUUUUUGUAUUUAUUCAGGGACCUUGCAGCUUGUUUUACAUCACAAGAUGAAACAAGUUAUCCAAUUUUUCUUUUUGCAAAAGAAUUGCUUGUGGUAAAAUGUAGAUCUAUGUAAUAUUUUCAUUCCAGUUGUUUCAUGUAUUACUUAAAUAAACAUCAUAUCACAGAUCUUGUUCUUGUAUCAGCAUGAUCAUGGCUGUUGGGAUAACGUCGUAGCGCAUUUAUUUGCACCAUCACAAUGGCUGUACUGCCUCGGGCAAAAUCCUCAAUUUCUAUCUUCAUCAAAGCAACAUAGUACACUGUAUGUAAUUGACUACAUGCCUCUGUUAACUCCUUGAGCACAAGCUGCCAUUUAGUGUUGUGGAAUACACA